GGUCUGCCUGGUCCCUCAGGUACAGCAGGAGAAGCUGGCAAACCAGGAGAAAGGGGGCUUCCUGGUGAAUUUGGCCUCCCUGGUCCUGCUGGUGCAAGAGGGGAACGUGGUCCCCCAGGUGAGAGUGGUGCUGCUGGUCCUUCUGGUCCUAUUGGAAACCGAGGUCCUUCUGGACCCCCAGGGCCUGAUGGAAACAAGGGUGAACCUGGUGUAGUUGGUGCUCCAGGCACUGCUGGUGCAUCUGGUCCUGGUGGACUCCCAGGAGAGAGGGGUGCUGCUGGCAUACCUGGAGGCAAAGGAGAAAAGGGUGAAACUGGCCUCAGAGGUGAAAUUGGUAACCCUGGCAGAGAUGGUGCUCGUGGUGCUCCUGGUGCUGUAGGUUCCCCUGGUCCUGCUGGAGCCACAGGUGACCGGGGUGAAGCUGGUGCUGCUGGUCCUGCUGGCCCAGCUGGUCCUCGGGGUAGCCCUGGUGAACGUGGUGAGGUUGGUGCUGCUGGCCCCAAUGGAUUUGCUGGUCCCGCUGGUGCUGCUGGUCAACCUGGUGCUAAAGGAGAGCGAGGAACCAAAGGGCCCAAGGGUGAAAACGGUGUUGUUGGCCCCUCCGGUCCUGUUGGAGCUGCUGGCCCAUCUGGUCCAAAUGGUCCCCCUGGUCCUGCUGGAGGUCGUGGUGAUGGAGGGCCCCCUGGUAUGACUGGCUUCCCUGGUGCUGCUGGACGGACAGGUCCCCCUGGACCCAGUGGUAUUACUGGCCCUCCUGGCCCCCCUGGUGCUGCUGGUAAAGAAGGGCUUCGUGGUCCUCGUGGUGACCAAGGUCCAGUGGGUCGAACUGGAGAAACAGGUGCAUCUGGCCCCCCUGGCUUUACUGGUGAGAAGGGUCCCUCUGGAGAGCCUGGUACUGCUGGCCCUCCUGGCACCCCAGGUCCUCAGGGUCUUCUUGGUGCUCCUGGUAUUCUUGGUCUCCCUGGCUCUAGAGGUGAACGUGGUCUGCCAGGUGUUGCUGGUGCUUUGGGCGAACCUGGUCCUCUGGGCAUCGCAGGCCCUCCUGGAGCCCGUGGUCCCCCUGGUGCUGUGGGGAGUCCUGGAGUCAAUGGUGCUCCUGGUGAAGCUGGUCGUGAUGGCAACCCUGGCAACGAUGGUCCCCCAGGUCGCGAUGGCCAACCUGGACACAAGGGAGAACGUGGUUACCCUGGCAACAUUGGUCCCGCUGGGGCUGCAGGUGCACCUGGUCCUCAUGGCCCCGUGGGUCCCGCUGGCAAACAUGGAAACCGUGGUGAACCUGGUCCUGCUGGUUCUGUUGGUCCAGUUGGUGCUGUGGGUCCAAGAGGUCCUAGUGGCCCUCAAGGCAUUCGAGGUGACAAGGGAGAGCCUGGUGAUAAAGGGCAGAGAGGCAGUCCAGGCCUCAAGGGACACAACGGAUUUCAAGGUCUUCCUGGUCUCGCUGGUCUACAUGGAGAUCAAGGCUCUCCUGGCCCAGUGGGUCCUGCUGGUCCCAGGGGCCCUGCUGGUCCUACUGGCCCUGCUGGCAAAGAUGGUCGCUCUGGACAUCCAGGUUCAGUCGGACCUGCUGGUGUUCGAGGCUCUCAGGGUAGCCAAGGUCCUGCUGGCCCUCCUGGUCCCCCUGGCCCUCCUGGACCUCCUGGUGCAAGUGGUGGUGGCUAUGACUUUGGUUUUGAUGGAGACUUCUACCGGGCUGACCAGCCUCGCUCCCAGCCUUCUCUCAGACCCAAGGAUUAUGAAGUUGAUGCUACUCUGAAAUCUCUCAACAACCAAAUUGAGACCCUUCUCACUCCUGAAGGCUCCAGGAAGAACCCAGCCCGCACCUGCCGGGACUUGAGACUCAGCCACCCAGAGUGGAGCAGUGGUUACUACUGGAUUGACCCUAAUCAAGGAUGCACUAUGGAUGCUAUCAAAGUCUACUGUGAUUUUUCUACUGGUGAGACCUGCAUCCAGGCCCAACCUGAAAACAUCCAAGCCAAGACCUUGUACAGGAGCUCCAAGGCCAAGAAGCAUGUCUGGUUAGGAGAAACUAUCAAUGGUGGUAGCCAGUUUGAAUACAAUGUAGAAGGAGUGACCUCCAAGGAAAUGGCUACUCAACUUGCCUUUAUGCGCCUCCUUGCCAACCAUGCCUCUCAAAACAUCACCUACCACUGUAAGAACAGCAUUGCAUACCUGGACGAGGAGACUGGAAGCCUGGAUAAGGCCAUCAUUCUGCAGGGCUCCAAUGAUGUUGAACUUGUUCCUGAAGGCAACAGCAGGUUCACCUACACUGUUCUUGUAGAUGGCUGCUCUAAAAAGACAAAUGAAUGGGGGAAGACAAUCAUUGAAUACAAAACAAAUAAGCCAUCUCGCCUGCCCUUCCUUGACAUUGCACCUUUGGACAUCGGUGGCGCUGACCAGGAAUUCAAAGUGAACGUUGGCCCAGUCUGUUUCAAAUAAAUGAACUCAACCUAAAUUAAAAACCAUAAAAUGAAUCUGAAAACUUUCUCCUUGCCAUUUCUUCUUCGUCUUCUUUUUAACUGAAAGCUGAAUCCUUCCAUUUCUUCUGCACAUCUUCUUGCUUAAAUUGUGGGCACAAGAGAAGGAUUGAUCAGAGCAUUGUGCAAUAUGAUUUAAUUAAUUCCCUCUCCCUUCCUCCCUCCCCAAAGGAUUUGGAGUCUUUUUUCAACAUUCUUACACCUGUUGUGGAAAAUGUCAACCUUUGUAAGAAAACCAAAAUAAAAAUUGAAAAAUAAAAUAAAAACCAUGAACAUUUGCACCACUUGUGGCUUCUGAGUAUCUUCCGCAGAGGGAAGUUUAAAACCCGAACUUCCAAAGGUUUAAGCUACCUCAAAACACUUUUCCGUGAGUGUGAUCCACUUCAUUGGGUGCUGACCUAGACAGACGUGAACUGAGGUAAUUGUUUGUUUCGUUCAUAAUACAAAGGUGCUAAUUAAUAGUAUUUCAGAUACUUGAAUGUCGAUGGUGCUAGGAGAAUUUAAGAAGAAAUACUCCUCUGUAUUGAGUUGUAUUGUGUGGUGUUUUUUAAAAUUUAAUUUAGAAUCCUUAUUUCCCAUCUCAUCCCCAGCUAAAGGUAUGCAGAUUGGUUGCCCAAAGUUAUCCUCCUCUUCAGAUUCAGCAUUUGUUCUUUGCCAGUCUCCUUUUCAUUCUCUUCCAUGGUUCCAAAGAAGCCUUGUUUCUUGGACAAGCAGAAAAUUAAAUUGUACCUAUUUUGUAUAUGUGUGAGAUGUUUAAAUAAAUUGUGAAAAAUGAAAUAAAGCAUGUUUGGUUU